ACCCAUCUCCUUGGCCAUGAGCAGCCCCCCAGCUUACCCCGGCAUCAGGAUCUCGGGGUGCUGGGCCCUUGGAGCGGAGGGCAGCAGUGGUGCUGAGUCCCUGGACAGGCUCCUCCCACCCGUGGGCACCGGGCGCUCACCCCGGAAGCGCACGACAAGCCACUGCAAGUCAGAGCCGCCCCUACUGCGGACCAGCAAGCGGACCAUCUACACAGCAGGGCGGCCCCCCUGGUACAAUGAACAUGGCACACAGUCCAAGGAGGCCUUUGUCAUCGGUCUGGGUGGCGGCAGUGCCUCUGGGAAGACCACGGUGGCCAGAAUGAUCAUCGAGGCCUUGGAUGUCCCUUGGGUGGUCCUGCUGUCCAUGGACUCCUUCUAUAAGGUGCUGACCAGGCAGCAGCAGGAGCAGGCCGCCCGCAACAACUUCAACUUCGACCACCCCGAUGCCUUCGACUUUGACCUCAUCAUCUCCACCCUGAAGAAGCUGAAACAGGGCAAGAGCGUCAAAGUGCCCAUCUACGACUUCACCACCCACAGCCGCAAGAAGGACUGGAAGAUGCUGUAUGGCGCCAAUGUCAUCAUCUUCGAGGGCAUCAUGGCCUUUGCAGACAAGACACUGUUGGAGCUCCUGGACAUGAAGAUCUUCGUGGACACAGACUCUGACAUCCGCCUGGUGCGGCGUCUGCGGCGUGACAUCAGUGAGCGGGGCCGGGACAUCGAGGGCGUCAUCAAACAGUACAACAAGUUUGUGAAGCCCGCCUUCGACCAGUACAUCCAACCCACCAUGCGUUUAGCUGACAUCGUGGUACCCAGAGGAAGUGGGAACACGGUGGCCAUUGACCUGAUCGUGCAGCAUGUGCACAGCCAGCUAGAGGAGCGUGAACUCAGUGUCAGGGCCGCACUGGCCUCUGCACACCAGUGCCACCCCCUGCCACAGACACUGAGCGUUCUUAAGAACACGCCGCAGGUACGGGGCAUGCACACCAUCAUCAGGGACAAGGAGACCAGUCGUGAUGAGUUCAUCUUCUAUUCCAAGCGCUUGAUGCGGCUGCUCAUAGAACAUGCCCUGUCCUUCCUGCCCUUCCAGGACUGUGUGGUGCAGACCCCACAGGGCCAGGACUACUCGGGCAAGUGCUACGCUGGGAAGCAGAUCACCGGUGUAUCCAUUCUGCGAGCGGGUGAGACCAUGGAGCCAGCACUCCGGGCCGUGUGCAAAGACGUGCGCAUUGGCACGAUCCUCAUCCAGACCAACCAACUCACCGGGGAGCCUGAGCUGCACUACCUGCGGCUGCCGAAGGACAUCAGCGAUGACCAUGUGAUCCUCAUGGACUGCACCGUGUCCACGGGCGCCGCUGCCAUGAUGGCGGUGCGCGUGCUGCUGGACCACGAUGUGCCAGAGGACAAGAUCUUCCUGCUGUCGCUGCUCAUGGCCGAGAUGGGUGUGCACUCUGUGGCCUACGCGUUCCCACGCGUUAAAAUCAUCACCACAGCAGUGGACAAGCGUGUCAAUGACCUUUUCCGCAUCAUCCCCGGCAUCGGGAACUUUGGCGACCGAUACUUUGGGACAGACGCAGUCCCCGAAGGCAGUGAUGAGGAGGAAGUGGCCUCCACGAGUUAGGGGCCUGGGCUGCACCCUCCUCCAGGACCUAUUUCCACCCUGUCCCCAUCCUGCUUCCUGGUCCA